GGGGCAGACGGAAACGAAAACCCACAUCCAACAGCACACGGCGCGCUCGGCAGCACGCUCAAUCUUGUUUUGCGCGUUACAAAGCGAACACAGCGUGUGUUUUUCCUCCGUGUCACUCACCGCUGCUGAAAACGCGCCAUAAAAAUUGUGUGCAGCACACUCGGUGCAAACUUUUGUUUGUUGUGUGGAAACGCUUUCCUUGUCGAGUGGGUAAAGUUGUGAAAUUUAUUUAAAAAAAACUAUACUUUGUGCCAUCAUUUCACGCGAUUUCCGAUCAUUUGGAGACAGUUCAGUGAAAAAUCCAAGCAGACCGUGUUUGUGAUAAGUGUUUGAAACGGAAGAUUAAAGUGAUUAGAAGAAAGAAGCCCCUCAGAGAGAACUGAAAUUCAAAUUUUGCUUCAAAGUCGAGCGGCUGGCUCGUGUGAACGUGUGUAUGUGUGUAUGUUUGUGCUUGGCUUCUGUGGCCUGUAUGAUAUAGGCUUGCUUGAGCCACUUUGGUCUGCUUGUGCCUGGUGAACAACCUCGAUCGAACCGUGGUGCGUGGUGUGUGGUGCAUUAGAGAGAUAGCUGAAGAAAAGCAAAGGAAAAGCCCAUCAUCCUCCUCACGCCCGCGCGCCGUUUGUGUGUGCGUGUGAGAGUGUGUGUGUUUAGGUCGGUCAUACAGAAGGGGAAAGCGAGGAAAAUUACUUACCCCUCGCGCCGUCGGGUUGAGCCAGCAAUCGCAGCAGCAUCGGAUUCAGCUACAAUUCCACUUGGCAGGAACGGUUCCGGAAUUGAGAAGAAGAAAUCAGAUAAGCGCAUCCGGCUCGAAGGACCAAAACAAGCAUCUUUCGCUACAUAUCCAACGUGUGGGUGAACACACAGUCUCUCUCCGUGUGUGCGUGUGAGAGUGUGGCGUUACGAAGGACAUCCCGCCCUCCCCCCAACAUAUUAUCAAGUGCAACAGUGGCAGCAGGUUUGCUGGCAACGGUCGCAAAGCUGGAUUACAAAAUGCUGAUGCAGGUUUCCCCGGAUGCGGCCGAUGCCGCACUGGCGCUGGUGCAGUCGGGCGGCACCGGCACGACGACGACCACGUCCUCCUCCCAGAGCAGCCAGAAGGACACGACCUGGACGAAGCUGUUCGUGGGCGGGCUGCCGUACCACACGACCGACAAGAGCCUGCGGGAGCACUUUAGCGUGUACGGCGAUAUCGAGGAGGCCGUUGUGAUAACCGACCGCACCACCAGCAAAAGCCGCGGCUACGGAUUCGUGAUUAUGGGCGACAGACUGAGUGCUGAGCGUGCCUGCAAGGAGCCGAACCCGAUCAUCGACGGCAGGAAAGCGAACGUGAACCUAGCGAUACUGGGCGCCAAACCGCGGGGCAACGCAUCACAGGGUUACCAGUUCGCCACGACAGGACUGCGGACGGCCGGCUACCCAGUGAUACCGGGCCAGUACGGAGUGCCACCGUCUUACAUUUACGGCACACCGUACCUAGGCACGGCGGGCGGUUCGACCGGAGCGGGCGCAACCGCCUCCGGACUGGUGCCGAUCCCUGCCACCCAGCUGUCGCACGCAGCCGCCAUCGCGGCCGCCACUAGUCAAUUCUACGAGUACCAGAAUGCGGUAGCAGCAGCCGCCGCCGCACCGUAUCCGGGCCAGUACAGUACAGGGUUCGAUGCGUAUCCCUAUGGAUCCGGUGCCUCAGCUGCCGGAGCUGCGGCUGCCGCCGCCCAGUACAUGGCCGGACCGUACACGUACGCCACGCUGCCGCAAGCAGGAGCUGCCGCCGCCGCCGCUGCUGCCGCGGCGGGUGCAUUUCCCGGCCUGUCGCCCUAUCAGAACGCGACCGGUGCUUCGCUCCAGGAGGCUAGACUGCAAUAAUAUUUACUACCGCAAGCGCUGAUGCUGUCGCUGCUCGGCGAUGGCGUCGGUGGCGUCAACGAGAAGCGCUCGUAACUCGCGACGAAUGCGCGCCUUCCGCUGCGCCAACGCAGCGAGGAGUUGGGAGAUGGUUUAGUUUGUAGUGUCCGCUGCCUAGCCAAAAAAAACAUAACAAAGAAAAAUUGGAAAAAGGAAAUAGGAAGAAAACAACACCCCAAACCACCAACCAAUUACACAAAACACAACUAAACAGCGCAUGGUUGGGGCGUACAUUUUAGUUAGCCCUUCAGAGGUGUGUAGUGUUUUAAAAUCUAUCAAACUAACAGCUAACCAAACCGGAAGCGUUACGUAACGUUGCGUUACGUGAAAUGCAAACAGUAAGCGAUAGGUAAUAAAGAACUCAGCAAAGCAAAGUAACGGAAUCAAGCCGGAUCAAUCAAUCACCAAUCAAUCGUUCUCGAAUAUUCAUCUCUUGAAUUUAAGAAAAAAGGAAACAGCCUCAACAAACACAAAUACACCCCUCUAUGAGCGCAUAUAAUUGCCAAUUCGCACAUAUUUCAAGCACACAUCUUGUGGCCGCGCCUGAAAUGGAAGAGCUUAUUUUCCCUCUGCGGCGGUGCCAGUCAGCGUCAGAAUCUGUAAACACACACACACACACACAUCAAGCAAAGGCCAGCGUGCGAAAGUGCGCCCCCAGGCAGCAGGCAUUCAGGCGUAUAAAGAAAUUUACUCUAUUUAUUAUACAACUAGUUUUUAACGUACUGUAGAAAAGCCGAACUAGACCGAUAGUAGUAACCUUGCAUGAGCAACUUGCCGCAGAACACGCGGUUGCGCUGUGGGCGGGAGACACAUUAUUUACUUAACAAAUACUUUUAGCGGAUAAGCAAUAAACAGUGUUGGACAAAGCGGUUGGAGAAGCAAAACAAAAUGAAGAACAAUAGGACAGCAUAACUAUACGAAAGCUCAAUUCUUGUUUCGUGUCUUCGUCCUUCGUAUGGCGGGCUUAUGUAUCGAAGAUCUGGAAAGGUGUAAAAAAAGCAAUGUUGCAAUGUUGGACAGAUGAAAACAAUCCCAAUUUACGGUUCACAGUCAUAACGUGCUGCCCCCGCCGUAGUCCUCUCAACCGAAUCCCGUGGACUGAUUUUUGCAAUAAUUGUUUAUCGGAUAUAGUUGUUGGAUAGUGGGGAAGAGGGGAUGUGUAGGAAUCAGACUUUUUGAAUGCAAAUGCAAUAUCCUCUAGGAUGUGGCUGCUAUUACGAUGUAGAGCAAAACACGCAAGCAAUACCACAAAAUGAUGUAGCGUCGUCUUAUCCCCACCGAGGUAGUGAGAGUGAGAGUGUGAGAGAGAGAGAGAGCAGAAAAAGCGAUUAGCGAAAAACAGAAAGGAACAGAUUUCAGAACACUAGAAGUGGCAGCAUCAAUUGGUUUCACAUUUGCACAUUAGUGAGUCGGAUCGAUGCGUACGUUCGCAAGCAAUACUACGAACAAAAACAAAAAGCGAACAAAGCUCGAUCUUUGCCUAUCAUUUUUCCGUUUCCGUUGUUUCCGUUUUUCGCGGUUUUCGCGCGAGUAACAUGGAGUGUGUGGAAAGGGGGAGGACAGAAGACAGAUGCAUACAGAGAAGAAUGAAAUUCUAGUCAAAUGUGUGUGCGUGUGAAAUUAUGUGCGUAUGUAUGUGCUUUUGUAUCGUAUGGUUUUGUUGUGUUUUGGCUUUCUCUCGUGAAAUUGGGAGAUUAAUUUAUUUUGUCCUGUUUUGUUUGGGUUGUUUUGCGCAUUUAAAUGCGCAUCCACUGUUGUGUUGUGCUCUAUUUGGACUACUCUUGUUUCGAUGCUGUACUAUCUCUUUCGCAGUUGAUUUUGUUAGUACAUUAGCUUCUCUUUCUUUGUCUGUUUUUUUUUGUGAAAUUUAUUAUGAUUUUUCGCUUUCUUGCUUCAAUUUGCAUGUUUUUCAUGUCUUUUUUUCUCUCUUCUACAAAAUCCUUCAUUUUUGCACAUUUACGUGUACUGGGUAGAGUACGUACGGCCACCAAAUCGAAACCUCAAAACCGCCGAUCUAAAAGUUAACCUUUAUAUACACCAAAACAAAGAAAGUUAGUGUUCGUGUCACUACCCCGAGUCAAGCAAGAUUUUAGUAGCAGCAGCAGAGGAGUUUUGGAAUAUUUGGAAGAAUCGCAACAAAAAGGAGUCAAAAUUUAGCAGCACAGUGCGCACAAGUGUGGAUAGUUGGAGUGAAAUUGUGCCUUUCAAAAAAGAAGAAGAAACAAAAACACAUAACUACCCCAGCACCCCAAAAAGCGAAGCUGUAACAGUAACAACACCGAGCAAAUGAAACGAAACACAAACAAUACAGAAACACACACUAAAACACUAACAUGGUAUCACGCUGCUGGAGGAGACGCGAUGCGCUUUGCUGCUUGAAAGGAACCAAACCGUGGGCUUUUGAAAGCUGCUAGGGAGACACGGUUGUUGCUCAGUCAGUCAGUCAGUCCGAAGCCCAGGAACGUUGCGCGGUGGAACAAAUUCGGUGACAAUACCCAAACAGACCCACCAGCACCCAUCCACCACCAGCUCCCCAACUUUGACGGUAGAUUUCGGACGUAGAUUUCAUGCCAGUUAGCUCCCAAUUUUUGUAUCAGGCACACUAAAACACCACUAAAUUCGUUAACAAAAAGAAAAGAGUGUAUGAGGUCCGGCUGCGGGGAAAAUAAAUAUGCCAAUCUUAGGUGAGACUUAUCGAAAUCACGAUUCUAAUGUGCUGCGGGUGAAAGUAAAAAAAAAGAAGAUGUACUUAAAAUUGCACCCGCAAACAGCGUUACCCUUAUUCGUGUGGAAAGAGCUGCAAAAGAAUUGCGUGCUAAAAAUUGUGUAAAAAAGUGUAGUGGUUGAACGUAGAAAACGACAAAAGGAAAGGGGAACCCUCUCGUAGUAAGACCACUUUUUUGGGGGGAGGGGGCGAUGUUUUUGAACUGCGCAGUAAAUUUGGCGCAUUGACCAAACGCAACGAGUUAUAGGUGGUGGAGCGCAGUGUGGAGAGCACAUCUUCUUUUUUGAAAUAAAAGCAUCGUGUAAAAAUGUUAAAAACUCCCCGUGGAAUGGGGGAGGGGCUGGAAGGAGCUCUGUUCGCGGCAACCAAAGGAUAAAGGGAUUAGGGGAUAGGGGAAUCGAAAAAGGGAAAGGAGAGGAGGCAGUACGAGAAGCGCCGUGAUUGUAGAUGUUAAGUUUAAAUUAUUUAUACACGACGAGUGGCGAACGAGCGACCAGUGGCGGCACAGUUGGCAUUAUAGGCAUAUAAGCAAUCCGAUACACGUUUAAUAAGAAUCUCACACGCAAUUCAAUGCCUGCAUUGGGAGGCCAGGAAACUUUAGGAUUAGGAGAAUGGCCGGGGACCAGGGAUACGGGGAUCAGAAUCAACCGGCACUCCUCGGUGUAAAGCCCCCGGAAGAUCCGGAAGGUUUUUUUGUCUGGUGUGAUCGUUCGAUCGUUGCUCUCUGGUGCUCGUGUAAACCAAACCGAUCGAUCGGGACAGGGGUCGAAUUGGGGUAACAAUUAACGGUUUACGGUAAGCAUAUUUUAAACUGUCGGUUAUUAACAACACUAUUAAUUCAACAAGUUCUACCAGCUGUGCAAGCCGAAAGGAGCAGCGAAAGAACAAAAAAACAUUAAAAAAGCAAAUAACAAACAAAUCACAAGUAAUUGAUUUACACCCCCCAAAAAAAGUACCCUUACACACGCAUAUUCGCAUAAGAAAUGGUGGAAGGAUCGAACAGAUAAGCAACACAAAAAAAAAAGUUAAAAGAAAAUAAGGAAAAGAUAAUAAAAGAACAAAAAAAAACAA